AUGAAUAAAUGGGCGAUUGGUGUCAAAAAUCCACCCACAUCCAAAGAGCAAAAUAAAUAUGGGUCCCGACGCGAAGAGGUGUAUAAUACUGUAGAGGAAUUGCGGGAGAAUUAUGGGAUUUAUGGGCAGAAGGAGUACGAGGAUCCCGAUUAUUUUUACGAUGAGUUGGGAAGGACUCGAAGACCGACGAAGAUUGUUCCGAAGUUGGUCACACCGCCACCACAAAUUCCACCGCCAAUGACGCCGACUCAUAUUGCGAUACAUAAUCAGAAGAGUGUGGGUUUUUUGGGAGGUCUGGGGCAGGCUUGUGCGGAAAAUAGGUUUUCGGAAAAUUUCGGAAAACCGUAUUUUUCCGAAACCAUCCGGUCGGAAAAAGUUUUCCGAAGUUAUUUUCCGACUUUUUAUUUUCGGAAAAAAGUUUUCCGACUGUUUUUUCCGACUCAAUUUUUCGGAAAAUCGGAAAAUUUCGGAAAAAAUUUCAAUGAAGAAAUAAUAGGCUUAUUUGUUGGUUUUUGAGUUGUUUUGAAGUAGUUUCAACAAAUUCGGCAGUUUUCACAAUAUUUUGUCACUUUAGUUAAAUAUUACUAACAAAUUCCUAUAUUUUUCACAAUUACCAAAAUUAUUUUUUGAUAAAAUUAGCAAAAAAUUCCUGAAAAUCACCUAUUUUUUCACUUUUUCGGAAAAUUAUUAGUCUCGGAAAAUUUUCGGAAAAUAAUUUUUUCCGAAAAUAUUCGUCGAAAAAAUUUUCCGACCAAAAGUUUUCCGAAUUUUUAGGCCGGAAAAUUUUCCGACUCGUAUUUUUUCCGAAAUUUUCCCAAAAGUCGGAAAAUCGGAAAACGCGUUUUCCGUUUCCGCACAAGCCUGGUCUGGGGAGAAGUUCUUGGAACUUUUUAUGAAAUUAAUUUCCACGUGGAUUUUUGAGUCUGCAAUUUGGAACACUGGAAUUGACAGUUUUUCGUCUUGAAAUUUUUCUACUGAAAAAUAAUUCUGUUAGUUUUCUGGGAUUUUGGAGCUCGAAAGUUUUUUUGAAACCGAAAAUUCACGUGGUUUCUAGGAAUUGUUCUAAAAUUUUUGGAGUAGACCAAACAUCAACGUGGAUUUAGAUUUCUGAAAUUUCAAGAUGUGUGAAAGCUUAUUCUGAUUCUGAAGUUCAAAAGCUCCAAAAAUCCACGUGGAUUUUCAUCUCUGUGAAAAAAAACAAACUAACAAGGGAAGUGCAUAGGGUUAGGUGUUGAACUUUUUAUGAAACGUUCAAAAUAAACCAAAUCGACCAUGCUGAUCACGAUUCCGAAGUCAAAAAUUGCCACAAAUGCCUGUGAGCACUUUUCUGGAGCUCCAAAGUUAGAAUUGAGUUUUGGUUUCUGCCCAUUUUCACCCUGUUUCUGGGUGGAAAAUAAAUUUUUAUAACAUGAAUAAGGUUGUUCACCACAUUCGAAAACAUGUCCGCUUUUCAGUUCUUCGAAAAAUAUGAAAAACCAGCUGAAAACUGCAACUUUUAAGAAAAAAAAAAAAGAAAAUACACACAAUCACACGUAAAUACACACGUUUUUCAAAGUUUUUCGUGCAUUUUCGAAAAUUACAGUUUUGACCUGGUUUUUCAAAUUUUUCGAAGAACUGAAAAGCGGAUAUGUUUUCGAAUGUGGUGAACUUAUUCAUGUUAUAAAAAUUUAUUUUCCACCCAGAAACAGGGUAAAAAUGGGCAGAAACCAAAACUCAAUUCUAACUUUGGAGCUCCAGAAAAGUGCUCACAGGCAUUUGUGGCAAUUUUUGACUUCGGAAUCGUGAUCAGCAUGGUCGAUUUGGUUUAUUUUGAACGUUUCAUCAAAAGUUCAACACCUAACCCUAUGCACUUCCCUUGUAAAAUAUUUCGCAAUACUAUUUUUCGCGUUUUACCAGUGAAAUGUCGGCUGCUAGAUUUGAUAGGGGUAUAUGAGGGAAAAUGAAAAUUAUGGCUUUCAUGGAAUUGGUCCGGAGUUAGUGGGUUAUCUGAACAAACCUUCCCAUUAGCAUCAACUUGACCGUUUCCAUUUUGGAUUUUGCCACGCCAUGGCUUCUGAGCUCUGAAAAUUCUGAAAAUUUAAAAAUUAAUCCUGAAUCUUCUUUUAAAAUUUUGCCUACAUACAAAAACUGAUUUCCACGUGUCUUUGCUUCUGAACACUUUCACGUGGCUUUUGUUUGCCACGUGGAUUUUCUAUAGAAUUUUUCAAAAAUAUUUUGAUCUAUUUACAAAAAAUCCCAAUCCUUAUCACAUUUCUUCGGGGUUACAUAAAAAAAACAUCCAGUUUUUUCUGACAUUUUCCAAAUUUUUUAAACAAAAAAACCAUAAUCUUUUGAUUUAUUACCGUAUUAUAAAAAAUGUGAUGAUUCAAUCGCCCCAAAAAACUUGACAUAUUUUUCAAGGGUUUUUCUGAUUUCACAAAUUCAUUUUCAAAAAAAAACACUUCCUGAAUGCAUCAAAUCGAGCUGAAAUCCACGAGUUUUAUGGAUUCCUACUCUGAAAAACCGAAUUUUCAGACAACUUCGAAAAAAUGGAAAAUUGCGUGUAUUUCGGCAGUCGUCACUCUGCUAACUAUCAUUAUUUUCGGGACAAUUGCGGCAUUUUUUAUUUUUCUGAAACCCAGUCAAGGAUUUCAGAAGGACACUUUUGGAUUGGUGAGUUCUUCAGCAAGAUUUUCGGAUCAUAAAUUCUGAACUCAAUUUUUUUCCAGCCAAGACCAUCUGAAUUCUCAAAAAUCAUUCGACAAGAUAUGGAAAUCAGUCCGAAUCAUUUGCUAACACUUUUGAUUACCAAGCGGAAGAUUUGUAUUUUGGAGGCUGGGAGUGGCGAUGAGCAGAACAGCAGGUACUGUAGUAUUUCGCUUCGAGACCAACCCCCUGUAUUUUCCAGAGAAGCCUUCAACAACGAUCACAUCGAAUCGGCUCGCCUCAUUUUUCACUCUAACCUGAGUCAUGCCGGUGUCCCAGUUCAUCCCCUGCAAUUCCAAAGAUUUGCACGUUCUCAGGGGAUCGAUAAUGAUUGCCACGUCAUAGUCUACGAUCGUGGGCAAAUGAUUUGGAGCACGUAUACGGUGUGGAUUUUUAAGGUGCGUACGGUUACCGUACUGCGGUAGGCCAGAUGAAAGUGUGCAAACACCAUCUUGCAGCUUUUCGGCCAUCAAAAAGUCUCGCUACUAGCUGGCGGAUAUUUGGGAUGGAAGACGCAUCAGGCGAGAAGUUCGCAAUACAAAACCGAGAUUGGCAACGCUGGAAAAUCGCCAAGGCAGGGAGAUUUUCUCGCGAGCUGGAAUGAUUCGAUCAUCAUUACGUAUGACGAUGUGUUGCUAAAUUCGGAGAUUGAGCAAUUCGAUGUGGUGGAUGCGCAGACGAAAGACGAGUUCUUGGGAAAUGUGCAAGGAGCGUUGUAUGGACAUAUUAAAUCGGCAAGGAAUAUUCCGGUGGAUGCGGUGAGUUGGAGCUGGAAUUUCUGGAAAAGUAUUUGAGAAUUUGCCUAAUUUUUUAAAAAGAAUCCGAUUUUCCACUCUGAAAUGAUUGAGUAUUUGCUAACCGAAGCCAGAGCUCUGAAAAUCAAAAAAAUAUCUGAAUUUCGACAAUUUUUGGAUGGUGGCCUAACUUUUCUAUAAAAAAUGGUUUUCUAGGCCAUCAUGCAAUUGGUGCAUUUCGAAAUUUCGUGGCUAAAACUACUCAAAAUUCCAUCUUGGCCUAGUUUUUCUCUAAGAAAAUUAAAAUUCGGUUUUCUAGGCCAUGACCAAAUAUUUUCCGAAAUUUGAAAUUUACUUGGAAUUCAGAAAUUCCAGGCUCACAACUUCAAAAAUCCCUAAUUUCCCCGUUUUUGGGUUGUGACCUAGUUUUUCUUGAAAUUUGGUUUUCUAGGCCAAGACCUAAGCAUUUUGUGUUUUGGUUAAAACUUCUCUAAAUUUCAGCUUAGUCUGGGUUUUCUAAUUUGGUUUUCCAGGCCAUCAUUGAAAAUAACUUGAAAUUUACGAAUUCCAGGGUUUUCAUCCAAAAAAUCCCCUAGAUUUUUAGGCCAUGACCUAAUCUUCCAUCCUCUUCCAGGUCUACGACUGGUCAAUUGCUCAAUGGAAAGACGCCGAUCAUUUGCGCGGUCUCUUCAACAACAAUGCAUUAUCCCUACGAAAACCAGUGGUAUUUCCCCCUAUAGGCUUUUUUGAGCCUGAAAUUUGAAAUUUACAGAUCGUCUAUUGCUCAACCUCAUUGCGAAGUUCAAUGGUUUGGUGGGCGCUGCAAAAAUCGGGAUAUUCGGCCAAAAUCUAUUUUGGCGGUUGGCCGGAAUGGGUGGUUCGGGCGCCUGAUCAACUAAAAGUUAUCCAAACUUGA